CGGUUUUUAAACUGGGAAGGGAGGCUGUAGUGCUAUAAUAAGGCUGUAUUUACCUGCGGACAUGUGCCAUCAUUUCGGAUUUAUUAUGCGAUUAAUCGCUUUGUCAGGGUUGCUUAACGAUGUGAAAAAACGAUCGCAGUGAGUUGAUUGCAAGCUGUUGUGAUUCGGAAAUCUAGCAGCCAGUAAGACCAGUAAUGAUGCACACCAGAUUCUGCAAUCAAACACCCAAAUAAACACGGAUCUACUUGAGGAAAUCAUCUUUAAUUCGGUUAUGGAAUGCGAUCGUAUUUAAACCCAAAGGAUCGAUUUCGGUGUGUGAGUGUGUAUGUGAGUGUGUAGGUGACUGAGAGAGAUGUUGUUGGCCUCGGCUGUGGUGGUGUGGGAAUGGCUGAACGAACACGGCCGCUGGAGGCCCUACAGCCCGGCGGUAUCACAUCACAUCGAGGCGGUGAUCCGGGGAGAGAGUCGCGGUGCAGGCAGUGUAGCGCUCGGUCAGGUCGAUUCCAGACUCUCCCCGUACAUUAUCGAUCUGCACUCCAUGCACCAGUUCCGCCAGGAUACAGGUACGUUGCGGCCAGUGCGGCGGAGCUUCUACGACCCACGCUCAGCUCCUGGUCAGGGCUGGGUAUGGGAGUGGGAGAAUGACUCUGGUUCGUGGACGCCGUAUGACACUGAGGUGGGCAUCGCCAUCCAGGCAGCACGUGAGCGGCAGCAGCCAUGGAUGGAUCUAACACCGCUUGGCUUCUGCUACCUCAUCGACCUGCAGAGCAUGACACAGAUUAACCGUCAGACACAGCGUCGGCGGCGCAUCCAGAGACGCUGUGACCUGGCCUAUCCCCUUGUCUCUGGCCCACUGCCCAAACCUCAUGCUUGGACAUCCAAUGGGAGUGCAGCACACCUGGGUGGAAGCGUGUCUGGAAUUAGUGGAGGGAACGGCAGUGCGUACCCUAGUGGAGCUCUUCCUGCUUCAGCAAUCACUUCUCUUGGUCAGCCCUGUUCAUGCCAGCAGUGCAUGCUGGUUCUGGGUGUCAAGACUCCAAACAUAGCGCAGACUCUUGGACGGAGGUCUAUACCUGUACCCAGGCAGAGAAGCCCUAAAACUGCCCCGCGAAACCAUUCGUACUCACUUACACUUCCACACCGAAACUCCACCACAGCUGGAGGAUUUGCACACUCGCUUUCCAUCCUGGACUCAGCUACAGCCGCUCUGUCUCUUACUUCCACGCGCCCUCCUCCCCCAGCUGUUCCUCCACCUCCACCACCCUCCUCUGCUCCUUAUGUCACCUCUCCACCGAAUCAGGCACCCUCCAGUGGCCUCAUUUCUACAGCAGCCACCUGUGCCCCCACCCCAUCUGCAAGGGUCCUGGGUCCUGUAUCGUCAGCAGCCUGUGCUGCCCCGGUGCCACCUCGCUCCAGUCUAGCAGGCCUCAGCCGCCCUGCACUGCAAAGGAUUGCCAUGGCACAAUCACGGGCACUUAUUGCCUCUGGUGUUCCAACAGUGCCAGUUAAAAACCUAAAUGGAUCCAGUCCUGUUCACCCAGCAUUGGCUGGCAUAACGGGUAUCUUAAUGAGCGCUGCUGGACUUCCUGUCUGCUUGACCCGUCCUCCCAAACUGGUGCUCCACCCCCCACCCGUCAGCAAGAGUGACAUUAAGCCUGUGCCAGGCCUCGGCCACUGCUGCCGCAAAACCACAAAGAAACAAGCACGCAAGGGUAGAACUCCGGAGGAAGUGGUGAGAAGGUACCUGCAGAAGGUUCGCAACCCUACCGAGGAGGACUGCACCAUUUGUAUGGAGGCCCUCUCUGGCCCUUCUGGCUACAAAGGCCCUGGUGUGGGUGGCAUUUCCCGGACAGAGUCAGUCGGCCGUCUGUCUCAGUGUGGGCACCAGUACCACCUGCAGUGCCUGGUGGCAAUGUAUAACAAUGGCAACAAAGAUGGUAGCCUGCAGUGCCCCACCUGCAAGACCAUUUAUGGAGUAAAGACUGGCAACCAACCGCCUGGCAAGAUGGAGUAUCACGUCAUCCCCCACUCGCUGCCCGGGCACCCGGAUUGCAAAAGCAUUCGGAUUAUCUACAACAUCCCUCCUGGCAUUCAGGGUCCAGAGCACCCAAACCCUGGCAAGCCCUUCACGGCACGUGGAUUUCCCCGGCACUGCUAUCUUCCUGACAGUGAGAAAGGCCGCCUAGUGUUGAAGCUGUUGCUGGUAGCCUGGGACCGAAGGUUGAUCUUUUCUGUGGGAACGUCCAGCACAACUGGAGAGACAGACACGGUCAUUUGGAACGAAGUCCAUCACAAGACAGAGUUCGGGUCCAACUUGACGGGUCAUGGCUACCCUGACUCGGGCCACCUUGACAAUGUCCUGGAGGAGCUUAGGGCACAAGGCAUCACUGAGGAAGACUGUCUGAGGGACUGAGAAAAUAAGAGAAUUAAGUGCCAAGCGGAAUCCACAUCUUAAAGCCUGGAUUCGACUGGAACUUUUUCCAGACGUUGUAAUCCAGUGUAGGAUAAACAAAAAGGAGUAAUGAAAGUCUCUGACUUUGAGUGUUUUCUGUUAUGUCUGACCAGUUUUUGACUAGCUCGAGAAACAUAGACCGGACAGGGAAUGGGUACAAAUGAAUUUACUAUUGCUGGUGUCUGUUUAAAAAUGUAUUGUAUUGUAGUUCUGUGAAGGGUACUCCUCACUGAGGUACUUUUGUGCAUGUAAUUAUAACAUUCAGUAAAAUUCAAUCUUUUUGUACGAUUGAGGCUUUAAGUUUUGAUAAGAAGCGUCAGCGGCAGUUUCAGACUGAAUGUGAAUGUUUACUGCCCUCUAUUGGCACUUAAUGACACAUUCCAUCCAUUGUCAUGGCACUGUUGUUUAUACUGGUUGUUUUUCAGUCUCUUAUAAUGACACCACAUUAAUUACUUAUUAUUUUCAACAUGUUCUUAGUUCUUAUUUUAGGUUAUAGAGUAAAUAAUUUAGAAUCGCAUGAUUGGGAUGAUUGUGGAUACUGAAGCUAUUCUAUUUUUUUGUCUAGGACUUAUGAUCUAAUUCCUAUACAUUAAACUCCAAAUACUUAAAGUAUUUAUCAGUAGAAUGGCUGGGUGCCACAGACAGCACUAAUUGGGGUAAGAGUAAAUAUAUUAUUCUUACAUUUUUAUUUUAUAAUGUUAAAGAUUGAGUAAAUCAAAUUAAGUUCCUAUGAUGAGUUUGAAUGCAAUGCAAACAAUUCAUCAUUGUUAAUUUAGCCAACAUAUAACAAAUCUGUAUAGUAAAUCAUAAGUCCCCUGGGCUAUAAUGUGAUAUAUGACGUGUAUAGAGAUCUGAACUAAUCCUAUGUGACCUGUGACUCCAUACUGGUCAGUAAGGACUGGUGUUUCACUACCUAGCUGGAUAAAGUUUGCUUGCAUUGGAAAA